AGGAGAGGGAGGGCGCGUCUUGGCCAGCAGCGAGCCGAGGAGGCCGGCCGGGCGCCCGGACAGACGGAGGGACGCGGAGCCACCGCCGCCGCAGAGGCCCGACCUUGUGCGCCUUCUCCGGCGAGGAUGAGCCGGGUGUCGUCGGCGGCGGAUGGGGCGCCGUCCUCGCCGCCGUCGUGGCUGCCCAGCCACGUCCAGGUGACGGUGGUGCAGGCGCGGGCUCUGCGCGCCAAGGGCGGCCCGUCGGGCGACGCCUUCGUGGCUCUGCAGCUGGGCGGCCAGAAGUACCGCACGCCGGUGGCGCCGCAGCGGAGCGGGCCGCGCUGGGCCGACGAGUGCGCGCUCCAGCUGCCGCCCACGCCCGGCCCCGACGACGCCGACGACGACCCGGCGCUCUUGCUGCAGAUCACCGUCUGGCAGCGCGCGCUGGUCGGCACCGACCGCUUCCUCGGGCGCGCCGCCGUCCCGCUGCGCCAGCUGCUCCAGCGAGGCGGAUCCCACCCGGACCAGUGGUACAAGCUCCACUCCAAGCCUGGCAAGAAGGAGAAGGAGCGCGGGGAGAUCCAGCUGAGCAUCCAGUUCACGCGCCACAGCCUGACGGCCAGCAUGUUUGACCUGUCCAUCAAGGACAAGCCCCGGUCGCCCUUUGGGAAGCUGAAGGACAAGCUGAAGGGCCGGCAGAAGUACGACAUGGAGUCGGCCUCGGCCAUCGUGCCCAGCAGCAGCGGGGCCCUCGACGAGGAGUUUGGCCUGGCGGGCAAGAAGGCCAAGGCCAAGGGCAGCUUCUUCUUCAAGAACAAGCUGCGCAAGUCCUCCCUCACCCAGUCCAACACCUCCCUGGGCUCCGACAGCACCCUCUCCUCGGCCGGCAGCCUGGUGGGCAUCGGACCCUCCGAGGCGGGCAUGGUGCCCUCGCCCAGCCGCCACAGCAGCUUCUCCACAGACCGCUCUGUCAGAGACUUCCUGCCUUCCCCCAAGCUGACCCACAAGAGGGCCUUCAGCGACGAGGCCUCCCAGUCGACCCAGAGCCUGAAGCCCCAGAACGACCCCAUCUCCCGGUCCUCCCUGUGCAUCAACGGGAGCCACAUCUACUGCGAGGAGCCCACGCCAAAGCCUUCCUUCCUCUCCGCAGCGCCUGCUCCUCCUGCCGCUGCCGUCGCUGCCAGCAAGCCGCACGAGGAGGCCUUUGGAUCCGAGCCCCCGGCCGCCCCUGAGCCGGACCUGCCGCCCUGGUCCAGCAGCAUCUUGCCAAAGGCGCCCCCCAAAGACCCUCCCCGCUUCAUCCCCUCCCCUCCCAUUCUGGCGGCCCAGGAGGAAGACAAGCUGUCCGUCAAGACCAUCGCCCUCAACAAGCACCGCGUCAGGGCCAGGAGGGAGGAGGAGGAGGCAGCAGCGGCGGCGGCCGCCCUGCACGCCGAGAGCAAGCCCAUCCAGAUCGCCACGCCCAUGGUCUUCUCUGGGGACGUCCGGAGGGUCCGGCCCCAGCCGGAGGAGGAGGCGGAGGAGGAGAAGAGGUUCUCCAAGACGGGCUUCUUCCGCCGGGGGAGCAGCAAAGAGGGGGGCGGGAAGAGCGGGGAGCCGUCCCCCCGGGUGGUGGUGGCGGCCGGAGAAGAGAGGGGCAGGAGCAGGAACAGCAGCUGGUUCAGCCUCCAGGAUGCCAAGGAGAUGCCCCCCAAGCCCAGUUCCCCGGACCACCCUUGUCUCUCUGCGGAUCAGGACCCCCCUCCCUUCGCCACGGCUGGAGACCUGCUGCCCGAGGCCCAGAGCGCCAGCACCCCGGAGGCGCCGCCGCCGUCUCCACCCGCCUCUGCCAGGGCCCCCCCGGAGUGGGACGACAGCUUUGACGCCUUCGCCACCAGCCGGCUCCGGCCGGACGCUCCCAGGGAGCCUCCGCCUGCAGGGAAGGGGCUGGAAGGCGGUUCCCACCCGGACGCCCCCCUAGCCGAGACCCCGGAACCCCAAGCCGGGGGACAGGAGGACGCCGGCCCAGGGAGCCCAGAUCCGCUGAGCUGCACCCCUGAGCAGGCGCUGGGAGGAGUGAGAAGAGAGAGCUUGGGGGGCCAAGCCUUGGGCCAGCCCUCGGAGAGCAGCUCCUGGGGGGAGCCCUGCGAAGAAGGCCCCGCUUCGGGAAGCGACGCAACGGCAGAGCAGGCCCCGGAGGACAGCGGGAGCCCCUGGCCCACCGCCGAUGAGGUCUUCUUGGAGGAGAGCCCCCCUCCUCUGCCUCAGAGUGCGACUGCAGAAAGCCCCCUGCGCGGAAGUGGCCGGGCCCCCGAAGCCGAAACUGGGGAGGCCUCCACGGCCGACUCGCCUCGCUGGGACGCUGUGGGGCGAGAGGAAGCGGUCCUCUGCUUGGCACCGGACGAGGCGCCCGAUGCCAGCCUGAAUAUAGAGGAGGCCAGAGAGAUGCCCGGCUGGGGGGCUCAGGAGCAGGCCGAGGGACCCCCCCGGAAACCCCCAAGGAGGUUCGUGCCCCUCGGCCUGGAGGAGGCGUGGGGCGUCCAGGAGAGGCGGAAAGAUGAGGCAGCUGCACCCGAGGAGCUGGAAGUGCCCGCAGAGGGAGCCCCCUCCAUGGGUGAAGGGAAGCCUCCCCCAGUGGCCGCCGCCGCCACCUCCUCCCUGGCGCCACUGGUGAUAAUGGGAGCAGCUGGCGUCCGUGCCACGGGGAGCCUCGGGCUGGCAGGCGUUGGCGCCGAACCUGCAGCAGAUAAUGAGCUGAGGGGCCGAGUCCUCCCUUCGGGGGAGACCCCGGGGGCCGAGCAGUUUGAAACUUGCCCUACCGAUCUCUCCUUGGGCGCGUCAGGCCUGUCUGACUCCUCCGUGUGGCAGGCGGGCGCUCCCUGGCCGCAGGGGCUCUCGGAGCUGGGCUCGCUACAGACAGCCAAGGAGAUCCCCGCACGCAAAGAGACCCCCCAGGACUCCCGGCCCAGCCCCUCGGUCCUGUUCUGGACGGCCGUGGAGGAGGAGCAGCCGCCGUCGCAGGACUCGUGGCCCGAAGGACGGCGGCCAGGACUUGGGGGGCCGGAGGAAGAUUUGCCACCAGGAGAAAGAGGGGCUCUCUCCUUCCCCGAGGGGGACCCUGCGCCAAGCCCACUCAGCCAGAGCCUGCCUGCCACGUCGCCCCCCUUCCCCGCGGUCUUGGCGGGCGGGCAGCUCAGGCAGGCUCGGGCCGGCAGCUCUCUGAGCGAGUCGGAGCUGUCGUCCAGCUGGUCGGACGACCGGGUGGUGGACUUCAAGAAGGCCGACUUUUGGCAGGCGGGCAGAGAGGAGCCUCAGGGCAGCUGGACGGACACCGCCCUGGCGCCGGGCAACCCCUUUGCCCCCUGGGCCGGGACGCCACCGCCGCCUUCCCCGCAGAACAACCCCUUUGUGGAGAGGCCUGCUGACCCGGCAUCCUCGGAGGCGGCCCUCCUGCCGGUCUCCUGGGUGGAGGGUCUGGGUGGCCCGGAGGCGGCCCCUCGCGGCUUCUUCCUUGCCCACCCCUCCGAGGACCAACCGGCCGCCCCCGUGACUUUCUCCACGCCUUCGCUGGAGGGGGCUGCCCACCCCAGCGACUUCCUCUUCCCAUCUCCCGUCCUGCAUCCUGACUUGGGCAGGGGCUCCGCUGUGGCGGCCCCCUCCCUCGCUCUCCCGCGGCCCAGGGCCGCUUCAGUGGCCUCUUCGGUUUCGCCUGUGGGGGCGACGCAGGCAGAAGAAGCGCCUCCUCUCCAGUGGACGGCCAGCCCCCACCCCGUCAAGCCCAUCAGCAGCUCUCCGGGGCCAAAAGCCCCUCAGGAGGAGAAGGAGAAGCAGAGGCCGGCGGGCAGCCUGACCCCUGUCCGGAGCGGGGGCCAGGAGCGCGAGCCGGGCAGCGCCGUCAGCGUCACUGCGGGGGGAGCGCCCACCUCCCAGCUGGAGAAAGCGGAGCCCAAAAGGGACUCUUCUGCGCUGGAUCCGUCCGCCAAGUAUUACCACCUGACGCACGACGAGCUGAUCCAGCUGCUGCUGAAGCGAGAGGCGGAGCUGAGCCAGACGCAGGAUCAGGUCCGCGAGCUGGAGAACUACAUCGACCUCCUCCUGGUCCGCAUCAUGGAGCAGUCUCCCCGCCUGCUGCAGAUCCCCCUGGAGGGGGAGCCCAAGGCAGCCAAAUAAUGCCCCAGCCCCCUUUCCACCUGCCACGCCUCUGCCCUCCCCACUUUUGAGUUCCCGGCCCCCUCUCCUGGCUCAAGGCGGCCCCCCUGGAAGGAGAGGUCCUGCGGAAAGGACCCUUUGCUUCCGGACCUCUGGGCCACAGGGAACCGGACACCGGUGUUUGUGGGACGCAGCCGGUUUUGAGCAAGACGCCGUUCUCUGGAGAGUCGCUCGCCUCCCGUCCUGCUAGCUUCCCGGUCCAUCGCAGCACCCGCAGUUAUGCCCAGGGCUCGGAUCUGCUCCCCGUCCCCCCGGGUUGGUGACUCUGGCUGGCUGUUGGCUCCCUGUCUGUGAGGGUGGUGGGUGUUCCUGGGGGGGGGGGGGAGUCAGCCGACAUGGCCGAAGGAUGGACUGCGAAACAAGGGAGAUGGAUUGUGCAGGAAAGACCUCCUGGUGGGCCGAGGGCGCGGCGUGCAGACCCCACCACUGUGCUCCUU